AUGUCCCAUCGUUUCUUCAUCCGCUUUUAUCAAAGGGCUGAAAACGAGCCAGCAGUGAGCCCAGGUGGCCAAGAAGGCAAUGGCAUCCUGGCCUGUAUCAACAAGUGUGGCCAGCUGGACCAGGGCAGUGACUGUGCCCCUGUAUUCAGCAUUGGUGAUGGCGCUCUUCAAAUCCUGUGUGCAGCUGGGCCCCUCACUGCAAGGAAGACAUUGAGGAUGGAGCUAAUCCAGAGAAGAGCAGCAGAGCUGGGGAAGGGUCUGGAUCACAGGUCUUGUGAGGAGCGGCUGAGAGAGCUGGGACUGGUUAGCCUGGGUGAAAGGAGGCUCACGGGUGACUUUAUGAUACAGGACCUGACAGGACAUUGUAGCAAGGUGGGAGUAAGUCUCUUCUCCCAGGCAACCGGUGACAGGGUAAGAGGAAAUGGCCUCAAACUACUCCAGGGGAGGUUCAGGUUAUCUUUCUUCACUGAAAGGGUUGUGAAUCAUCACAAUGGACUACCCGGGACAGGGGUGGGGUCACCAUCCCUGGAAGCAUUCAAGAAGUUGAAUAGCCCAUUUAUAGGAGAACCUUAUAAGGGGAUUCAGUUCAAGGUGUGCUUUACCCAGAGGAAGACUCUUUAA